AUGAACCGUUAUCGAAAUGCGCCGGGCAUGCGAGGCCCCAGUAAAGCCUCGCCGACGACGCAAUGCCAGAAAUGCCUACAACGAGAUAUUUAUGAAUGCAAAGGAACCGCGCAAGACCGCCCAUAUAAGCCACGGCCUUCGCGCACCCAGCAAUUGCUUAACCCCAAGCUGAUGCCGAAGCUUUCAACGGAAAACCCCAAUACUUUGCUUGAAUCGUACGUCUUCAAUUCAGCCGAAACCAUGCCCACAGAUCCGUCAAUCGCAAAACUAACCCAGAACAGCAACGGCGUAGCGGAUGGCAUUCUGGCAAAGCGGGAUGAGGAGCGCGGUCGAAAGAGAGAUCUCGAUGGACAAGGUAGUUCUGGACAGUCGCCCAAGCGAGCAAGAUCGCUUUCUACACACUCGGUUGACUCGAUUUCAACCAUAUCCACCAACCGCUCUGCUUCACGCUCACCUGCUCCUCGAAGCUCACGCGGUGGAGGCGACAAAGGAAACUCAGCGUCCCCAGCCGCAUCUAAGUCUCGGAAGAGAAGAUAUAGUGAUUCGGCAGACAGCUAUUCCGCUUCUUCUUAUUCAUCGGGCGCAAGGCACCGAUCCAGGUCUAGAGAGUGGACCGAGGAUCGGAACAUUCGCCGACGACGCCGGGAAAGUAGUCCGGAGCAGCGUGGAAGAAAGCGUGACUCGGAGGGUCAAGACCCUCGACGAGAAAGGCGCAGCCGAAGCGCAGAAAGUCCUCGGGCAGCGAAGGAGCGCCGUUCAAUGACCCCCGAAGCCAAGCAGGACCACUCUAGUCGACGUUCCUACCGAAAUCGAGAAAACCCGCCGACCCAAACAGAGGGAGGACGACCGAAACAGGAGCCUCGAGGGCGGCCGGGUCCCCCUCGUCAACGCAGCAUGAGUCCAUACAGCAAGCGUCUGGCAUUAACUCAGUCCAUGAAUGUUGGACGGUAA